AUGAGUCGUUUAUUGACGGAUCGGCAAGCCGACGAGCUACAUAAGUCGAUCAUAGCGUACCUCUCCGCGAGUAAUCUACCGAACACCGCCGCAGCGCUCAGAGAAGAAUUAAACCUGCCCGAAGAUGUGUUUGACGCAGCCACGGUGAAGAAAUACGAAACAUUGCUGGAGAAGAAAUGGACAAGUAUUGUUCGCUUACAGAAAAAGAUCCUGGACCUUGAGUCUCAAAAAGCGGCCCUGCAAUCCGAAAUUGAUAACGCGACACCUGCCUCCCUUCUUAAGCGCACCCAAGACCCGACGUCUUGGCUUCCUACACAAUCUCCCCGAUAUUCGCUGGAAUCGCACCGGAACACCAUUAACUGCGUUGCUUUCCACCCGGUAUUUUCCUCUAUCGCAUCCGGCUCCGAUGAUUGCAUGAUCAAGAUUUGGGACUGGGAACUUGGAGAAUUGGAGCGGACACUCAAAGGUCACACAAGAGCGGUGCUGGACGUCGACUACGGUGGGCCGCGAGGCGGUGUUAUUCUGGCAUCUUGCAGCUCCGACUUGUCUAUUAGGCUAUGGGACCCGUCAAACGAGUAUCAGAAUAUCCGAACACUGGAAGGCCAUGAUCACAGCGUUAGCGCCGUCCGCUUCAUACCAUCCACGAACUUGCUCGUCAGCGCAAGCAGAGACCACGACUUGAGGAUAUGGGACGUCUCCACCGGAUACUGUGUGAAGACAAUACAAGGCCACAAUGGCUGGGUACGAGAUGUCUGUCCGUCACCCGACGGGAACUUCCUUUUCUCAACUGGCGAUGACAUGACUGCUCGGUUAUGGGAUAUUUCCGUUAUGUCGAACCCGGAGAACAAGCUGGUUAUGUUUGGGCACGAGCACGUCAUUGAAUGCUGUACAUUGGCUCCUCAUACCGCAUAUCAAUACCUCGCACCCCUGGCGGGAAUCAAGGAUCAUUCGUCCUCGAAGAGCACUGCAGAAUUCAUGGCGACUGGAUCGCGUGACAAGACGAUUAAAUUGUGGGACUCACGCGGGAAUUGCAUCAAGACUCUAGUAGGACAUGACAACUGGGUGCGGGCAAUUGCAUUCCAUCCUGGUGGCAAAUACCUCCUCUCCGUGUCGGACGAUAGGUCAAUACGAUGCUGGGACUUAAGCCAAGAAGGACGAUGCGUGAAAACCCUUGCGGAGGCCCACGAACGCUUCAUUACAUGUUUGAGGUGGGCACCAGGAAUCGUUAAAGAUCCUGCCGCUGCCAAUACUGCAGCGAACGACAAGAACGCCAAGAACAAGACGAACUUCCCGGACGUGCAAAUCCGCUGCGUUAUCGCCACAGGUGGCGUGGAUUGGAAGUUGAAGGUCUUUGCAAACUGA